AUGGCCAUGGCAUUCCCAAAUAUCUACCAUCACCGAAAGGUAGCUGAUACCUCGGCGAAAGGCUGUGAACUGUGUUAUAAACCCAGUACAAGUGUCCUGGUCACACCCGAGAACAAGGACUUCUUCUAUGUAUGUGUUGGUCACUUGAAGGAGAAGGGCUUCUGCUCGCCCAUCAUCGACCAUGAGGCCAUAGCAGCCAAGAAGAAAGAGAUGGACGAAGAGAUUGAGAGAGUGAAGAAGGAGUACGAGGACAAGCAGCGCAAGAAGAAUGAGAAGCAAGCCGAGAAGGAGAACGACAAGAAAGACGGAAAAGAUAAGGAUGGCGAGAUAGAUACCCAGAAGGAGGAGAAGACCGAGAAGAAGGAUGAAUCAAAGCCGGAAAACGAGGAUAAGGGAGACGUCAAAUCCCCACCAAAAGCCGAAGACGAACCCCGAGUCUUCGCAUUGCAAAGGACCUUCUACCAACAACGAGUUGAUCGCAAACGCCAAGCCGAGAUGGCCAGGCGAAAUCGUGAACGCCUGAGUAAUCCUAAUUUCUUCCCCUCCGUGCCCAAAGAUCAACCUUGA